AUGGCAAGCCAUGGCGUUCGCCGGUUUAAACCGGUGGAGAAGACCCCGGAAGAGCGACAACAAGAGUUGAAGCAAAUAGAAGAGUACAGAUCUCUCGAGAGUUUUGUCUCUAAGAAGGUCACCGCACAAGAUUUCUCCGCAGAGACAUUGAAAAAGAUCUCAGACUUGCUGAGUCGCAACCCAGAGUACUACACGGUCUGGAACUACCGACGACAAGCUCUUCGGCAUCAAUUCUCCGAGGCGGGUGACUCCGCAGAGAAUGUGGCCGAGUUGAUCGCCGAGUUGAUUAAGGAUGAUCUGAUGUUUUUGAUCCCUCUGCUGCGGAGCUUCCCCAAAUGCUACUGGAUUUGGAACUAUCGCCUUUGGCUACUGGAUGAGGCCCGCCGAUUGCUCCCACUGCCGGCCGGCCGCCGGUUCUGGCAGGAAGAGCUGGCAUUGGUAGGCAAGAUGCUAACCCUGGACAGUCGCAACUUCCACGGCUGGGGGUAUCGACGUCUGGUAGUGGAGACAUUGAAGCAGCUCGGCACUGCGGAGGAGGCGGCGUCCAUGACCCAACAGGAAUUUGAGUACGCGAAGAAGAUGAUCGGCGCCAACCUAUCGAACUUUUCCGCGUGGCAUUAUCGCACGAAGCUUAUCCUGCGGCUUCUGGAGGAACAGAAUGCCAGCGAUGAGGAGCGCCGGGCGAUGUUGGAUGACGAGCUGGCUCUCAUCCAUCAAGCUCUAAUUGACCCCUACGACCAGUCGCUGUGGUUUUAUCACCAGAAUUUGAUGUGUGUUUUCGACCCAUCGGUAGCGCCGCGGACCAUGGCUCCGAACUUGGGCACGUCAGAGCGACUUCAGUACCUGCGGGACGAGAUCGCCGCAAUCGAGGAGAUGUUGGACGGGGCGGAGGACUGCAAGUAUAUCUAUCAAUCACUGAUCGAGUGCACCCUGCUGGUCUCCAAGGUGGCGGGCCACAUGGCUGCGGAGGAUCGCACACAGAUUCUGAGCUGGCUCUCAGAACUGAAGCAGCUCGACCCACUCCGCCAGCAGCGGUGGCUUGAUUUUGAGAAAACGGUAUCGACGUGA